UACUGGCAGCACUGAUAGUCUGUGGCUUCAUUUUCGUGGGAAAGGUGUGCUUUGGUAAACUUUCGCGUAUUUUGGUGUCGUUGAUCAGUUUUAAAAUGCUGAAGUAGUGUUACAAACGGUAAAGUGCUCAAAUAUGUGUCGUGACAGUGAUUUACUAAAUAAUAGUUCGAUUGCAGUGUAGGGUUCAACAUGUUUCGAUGUAUACCUUUGUUCAAAUGUAAUCGCCAAGUGGAAUGUGUGGACAAGCGGCAUUGCUCUUUGCCAACAGUACCUGAAGAAAUUUUACGAUAUUCCAGGAGUUUGGAGGAACUUUUUUUGGACGCAAACCAUAUACGAGAUUUACCGAAGAAUUUCUUCAGACUUCAUCGCCUAAGACGAUUAGGGCUUAGUGAUAAUGAAAUUCACAAGCUCCCACCAGAUAUACAGAAUUUUGAAAACUUAGUUGAACUAGAUGUUUCACGCAAUGACAUUCCCGACAUACCAGAAGACAUCAAAAAGCUGCGAGCGCUGCAGAUCGCCGACUUCAGUAGCAACCCCAUACCGCGGCUGCCGGCGGGGUUCAGCCAGCUGCGAGCACUCACAGUCCUCGGCCUCAAUGAUAUGUCCCUCACGAGUUUACCCAGCGAUUUUGGGAGUUUGGUGUCCCUCCAGUCACUGGAGCUGAGAGAAAACUUGCUCAAAUCUCUGCCCGAGUCCUUGAAAAAUCUCACCAAGCUGGAGAGGUUGGACUUGGGUGACAACGAAAUAGAGGAAUUGCCUGGCUUUAUUGGAGAGCUGCCAGCAUUGCAAGAGCUAUGGUUAGACCACAACAAACUGCAGUAUUUGCCGUCAGAAAUUGGGAACCUGAAGGCUUUAGUAUGCUUGGACGUAAGCGAAAACAAGUUAGAGAAAAUUCCAGAAGAAAUCGGCGGCCUGUGUUCCCUUACUGAUCUCCACUUAUCACAGAACAUGCUGGAAACAGUGCCCAAUGGUAUCGGAGAUUUAUCCAAGUUAGCUAUAUUGAAACUGGACCAAAAUAGGUUACAUACGUUAAAUGAAGGCAUAGGAAGCUGUACAAACCUCCAAGAGCUUAUCCUAACGGAGAACUUCUUAAUGGAACUGCCCAAAUCGAUGGGCAAUCUACAGGAGUUGUCCGUACUGAAUGUAGAUAGGAACUCUCUGGGAGAAAUACCUCUCGAGAUCGGCAACAUGACGUUACUGGGCGUUCUAAGCUUGCGGGACAACAAACUGACCAAAUUGCCCAACGAACUAGGAAAUUGCAAGUCUCUACAUGUUUUAGAUGUUAGCGGCAACAGGUUACAAUAUUUACCAUACACUCUAGUAAAUUUAGAAUUAAAAGCAGUAUGGUUAUCAGAGAACCAAGCGCAACCAUUACUAACCUUCCAAACGGAUAGAGAUGAGGUGUCAGGGGAAAAUGUACUUACAUGUUUCUUACUGCCACAGCUGAGUUAUACUCAACAACCAGAGUUGGAACAUACGUCAGAGGUCGGCAGUGGCACCUGGUUCAGGGAACACAGAUUUAAUUCACAGUCACAAGAGCUUGAUAGGAUAAGAGAGACUAAUAUAUCGCGCGAUAGAGACUCCGACGACGGAUGGGAAGAGAGGGAAGCAUCACGCACUAUAUCAGUCAAAUUCACCGAAGACGUUCCUGAAGCUAAAGAGACACCAUUUGUACGUCAGAAUACGCCUCAUCCGCGAGAGCUCAAGGCAAAGGCAGUGAAACUGUUCACGCGGACACCGGAGCAACAACAACAACAACAACAAACUCAGCAACAAAUACAACAAUCGCAACAGAAAGUGAUCGAAGCCCCGACCACCAACGGCAUAAUCUCAUCACCACCCGAAAUAAUUCGCGUUCCUGACGUUGUGGAACGAGUACAAACGCCUCUGGUAGCAGAAGUGACGAAAGAUGACGAGAGCGACAGUCAAGUGGUCCAGGAUAAGGAUUCGUCUGAAGCGGAAAAUGAAGACGAAGACUCCGAAGAAUUAGAGCGCGAGAACGGGCGCCGCGUGGCGUGGACCGGGGUACGUGACCCCGGGGGCAAGAGCGCCGGGGGGCGGCUGCACCGGCGCGACACCCCGCAUCACCUCAAGAACAAACGCAUCAACCAGAUUGACGCGACUCGCGCAAGAGAUCUCAUUGCGCAGGCGAUCAAAAAACGAGAUCAACACGAACCGAAAACAGACGAUGAGAUCGCGGAAGACGUAGCUGAUGGCGAAUCAGUCUCAGAACGUGCAGACAGUGACGUGCGGAUAGUGAACGACCAGCGGUGUAUAGAGGUGCGGAUAGGCCGCGCGGCGGGCGGCCUGGGGCUCAGCAUAGCAGGCGGCCGCGGCUCCACGCCUUACAUCGGCGAUGACGAUGGUAUCUUCAUAUCGCGCGUCACGCCCAGCGGCCCGGCUUACUUGGCUGGUCUUAGGGUGGGCGACAAAGUGUUGUCGGUAAACGGCACAUCGGUGGUCGACGUCGACCACUACUAUGCUGUCGAGGUGCUCAAGGCCAGCGGAGCGACCCUAACACUCGUGGUCACGAGAGAUUCGCCAACAUCUACAAGAACGCACAGCCGCGCGCCGAGCGGUGCGAGCCACCACUCGAUAUCGAGCACGACAGAUACCGUAUCUACGCUAGAGAAUGGACAGGUGCCAACGGGUCGUAGUCUGCCGACCAAGGCUCUCAUCAUCACCAACCAGUACGCGCAGGAGUUCGAGCCGGAGUUCAAGGAGCAAGUCAACAACCGCUCCACGCCCAUACAGCCCGUCAGCCACACCCCCUCCCCCACCCCGGUCGCGAACUACCAGCGGCUGCAAGCGUCGCCGCCGCCCGCCACACAACCGUACGUGCCACCCGGUGAGUUCAAGGAGCAAGUCAACAACCGCUCCACGCCCAUACAGCCCGUCAGCCACACCCCCUCCCCCACCCCGGUCGCGAACUACCAGCGGCUGCAAGCGUCGCCGCCGCCCGCCACACAACCGUACGUGCCACCCGCCUACCAACAAAAAGUUUUGGUCCACACGACGCUCAUCCGCGACGGCUCCGGGCUCGGCUUCAGUAUAGCCGGUGGCAAGGGCUCGCCGCAGUACCGGGACGAUAGCGACGCGAUCUACGUGUCGAGGAUAUCGCCGCAAGGCGCAGCCGCCAAGGACGGCAAGAUGUUGGUCGGCGAUAAAGUCGUCUCGAUUAACGGAGUAGACAUGGAGAAGGCGCCGCACGAGACUGCAGUCUCGCUGCUCACGGGCCACGAGCGGUUUGUGAGACUCGUCCUGCAGCGAACCAUCACACCCGACCAAGGCAACUCGCUCCCGCGCAAGUCCACAUCAGACGAAGUGAGAGAACACAAGACGAGCCUGCCGAAUGUGAACGUCACUCCGACACCGAAACCCACCGCUAACCACGUCCCUCCACUGAUCGGCAACCACACCGCACGAGUGCCCGCGCACCUUCCACCGCAACCCCACACGCAACCACAACCACAACCGACACCACUCUCACAACCGCAACCACCGCAACAACCGCAACCACAUUUGCAGCAAACGCAAACUGCGUACGCACCGACGGCCGCGCCGCAGCCGGCGCCGCGGAAGUUGAGUCAAACCAACGGCACGGCGGGCACGAAACCGGCAACUAAUAGUACGAGCACGCCUCUAACUCCCGGCGCCAAUAAAUUGCACGGCUCUAACGACGACGUAUUCGACGACAUACAGCCGGCGCGGGCGAUGACCAGCGAGGAGUUCCAAGCGCUGAUCCCGGCUCACUUCCUGGGCGGCCAGCGUGCCAGUACGCCGGUGGAGCGCGGCGUGCGCGUCACGGUGGAGCGAGCGGUGCCCCCCGCGCUGCCGCCGCCCCCCGCCACGCUGGGCCGAGUCACCGAGACCGUCACCAAGUCCACCUUCACCGAGACGACGGUCACCCGCGUCACGGACAACCAGCUGGUCGCGCCGCUCAUCAUCGAAGAUGUGGUUAUGGUGAAAGAGGGCGGUUCCCUUGGAUUUAGUAUAAUUGGGGGAACGGACCACUCUUGCGUGCCAUUCGGUGCUAAAGAGCCUGGAAUAUUUGUCUCACAUAUCGUUCCUGGUGGCGUAGCGGCGAGAUCGGGCAAGCUGCGCAUGGGCGAUCGCUUGAUCAAAGUCAACGGUUCGGAGUUAGUGGGGGCAACUCACCGUGACGCCGUGCAACUGCUGCUGCAGCCGGGGCCCACGCUCUCGCUCACCGUGCGCCACGACCCCCUGCCGCCGGGCUUCCAGGAUCUAACAAUAAUAAAGCAAGAAGGAGAAAAACUGGGUAUGCAUAUUAAGGGGGGCUUGAACGGUCAACGCGGGAACCCGAAUGACCCCAACGAUGAAGGGGUUUUUAUAUCCAAGAUCAACAGCGGCGGUGCGGCUAGGAGGGACGGAAGGCUAAAGGUGGGAAUGCGUCUCCUAGAAGUGAACGGUGUCUCGCUACUAGGCGCAACGCACAACGAAGCUGUGAACGCAUUGCGCUCGGCCACGAACGCGCCCUUACAUCUGAUUGUGUGCCACGGUUACUCGAGACCAGAAAAAUAUACCACCGGCAGCGAGAGCGGCACGGCGGAUACGGGCGGCUCGCUAUCGCACUCCACGUCGAGCUUGGACCGAGACGACACGUUGCAUCAACACCAACAGGAGCAACACAUACGGCAAGAUUUAGUAGAGUUCGAACAUGAGAAACAAAUUGCGGAAAUGAGAGAAAAGACCACUCCAGAAAAGGUACUGGAUAUAGUGCACGCGGUGGAAAGUAUCGCUUUAGACCCCGCACCGCCCAUCUCGCCAGAGCCACAACACAAGACGACCACCGUCGUCAUGUCCAAACACACCCUUCAACCUCAGAAUGCAUGCCCUGACGGAUUGGAAGGAACAUAGUACAGCAAUAAAACAUCUGUCCAAUUUAGUGUAUAUAGAUAUUAAUAAAUAUGCGAGAUGAGUGGAUAAUCUAAUUAAUUGUUAUAAAUACAUAAUACAUAAAUAUAAAAUCCUUUAAGUGUCUGUAAUACCAAAAGUUUCGAUUGAUCUCUUCCAGCAUUUCAUAGAACACGACUAGUUCACGAAAUGUGAUCAAACGGAAUUUCAGUUUUUUUUUUUUUAUUGUAGAGAAUUUAGUUAAAUUUAUGCAUUAUUGAAAAAAAUACUUAGCGUUUUGUUUUAUAUUAUUAUGACUAUUGUAGUAAAAUAAUUCUUUUAUUAAACAAAUGUAUUAUUUUAUUCAAAUUUUUAUUUUAAAAUAAUGUGUAUUAAAUACUUUAGAGUGUUCAUAUGUUGUAUAAAAAUUUGUCUUACAUUUGUAGGCUUGCUGGUUUUACCUUUAGAUAAAUGUUACUUCCUUUACAGUGUCAUUGAAACUUAUUCUCAAUUUACUGUAAGACAUGCUAAAAUUGCAUUUAAUGCAUAUUGACUGCGACUUUAGUGGCAUUGUGCAAUCAACUUUUAUUGGAUUUCUUAAAAGCCAUCGGCUAUUUAAAAGAAUAAAAAAAUUGCAGCAGCUCUAGCCUAUUUACAUAUCGAUAAAAGAUAUCUUUUUCUAAAAUAGCUAAAUCCUUCGAAAAUUAAAAAAAUGUAUGGACAUAUCGAUGCUGAGUUUUUUGUGGGCCCUUCUCGUAACUUUAAUUAGCCAACUGGAAGGGUUAUUUUUAAUUUUCGACUAAUUAUCACCAUUAUCUACGAGUAAUAACAUUACCUGACGUAUUAAAAGUGCUUAUAAACAAAGCCUAAUUGAAAUAACUUAUUUUUGACGUUUUUUUGAUAACGAAUUUCGAAAUUUUCGAAGCGUUUGCUAUUGUAAAAGUGGAUUGAUGUGUAAACAUGGCUAGAGCGGCAGUAAUGAGUGCGAUUGUCGACUUUUACAAUUAAUUAUUAACUUUAUAUUAAUAGCUAAAAUUUUGAAAAAGUAGGGCGGUUUUGUGGUUCGUCCAUAAAAGUUAUCCUGAUGAACAAUUUUGAUAUCAAUUUUUUUUUAUUUUAUGACUGAGGUGAAGGAAACUAUACGCUAAGUCUUGAAACUACUACUAUACUGUUAUUAUUAAAGGUAAAAUGCCUAUAUUUUGGUGGUUUUCAAUAGACAUAUAUGGAAAUUAAACAACCGUGUAUAUAUGUAAUAGAUUUUAUGUAGCACUGGAUCUAUUUUUGAUUCAUAUUAUCGUUCCCUAACACUUUACAUGGACGGCCUUUUGACUAUAUUGACAGUAUGUUAUAAACUGAUCUAAUAUUUACAUUUAAAAUAAUCAUACCAUGGUGCUAAUUCUGUAGUACACAAUUUAAAAAAUAACGGAAAUUACAAAUUUCUUCAUUGGUAUCAUAUUCAUAAAAAUAAAUAUUGUUUAAUAAAAUCAAGAGAGAUAGAAUCAAACAAAUGACGGUUCAUAGUUAAAUAAAUGUAUUGUUUAUUUUUAUUAGCAAUUAAAAUCUUCAAGAAAAACGUUUCCACGUAUUCUGUACACAAGAAAAAAAAGUUUACUUGCAGAAUGAAUAACUACCAAAAAUGAGGUUAUAAUUCAAACCUAACAAAGCUAAUAAUAAUAUCUCAGACCAAUUAUUGUAUAGGACCUGCCUCGUUAGACGUUACUUUUCUGUCAAAGUAUUUGAUCAACGAUCUAAUGCGAUUAUAAAAGUUGUCUCUUUAGUAUCGAUGUUUCAUAGUUGUAAUCGCGUUCGCCGGUCAAAGAGCUCUGUAAAAAUACCUUUUUAUGCAGUUGAAUGGUGUAAAAAACUUUUAGUUAAGUUUAUGAUAUAUACAAAAUUUAAGCUCGUUUUCCUUAGAAAAUGACAGAUAAUUUUGUAUGUGAAUUUGGGUGAGGAUACUGGUCCUUCUAUAAUUGGUCUGAGUUAAUAAUGCCCAGUAGGUAUAGGAUGCGCACCACGAGAUCUUGUGCAGGGAAAAUGACAUUGUCGACCAAUAGGGGCAAUUGCUCUCUUUUGUUCCAAUGGAACGAAAAGCAAUUUAGCGAGUCUUUCUGUUUUUUAAGUUAUUCGUUUACACUACUUAGACGUACUGAUGACAGUUGUCAAUUUAGUAAUACGACAGAAUUAGCACCAAUAUCUAAUAAACUUAAAUGACCAAUAUUGUGUAAUACUCAAACGUUUAGAAAUAUAUACAGCGGUAUUUAAUCCUAUAACCUCUUGUACUCAAUAUGCCUUUUUGGACACCAUUUUGUAACAAACUACACAUUUGUAUCCUAUAUUUAACAUUCGAUAUAUAAGUAUAAUAUUAUAUUUUUUAACAGUUAACAGUUUUUAAGUUCAUAUUAUAUGCGUGGGGCUUUCACAAUGAUGAUUCAAUAGAAAGUCAUUAUAUGGGAACCUAUUGUUACAACGUAGAAUUUUAGGAAAUAAAAUCCUAUAGAUUUGUGACAAAAACUUGUUCCUCUCGCAAUUUUUGUUAUUGUGUGUAAUCUUUUUAUAUAAAGUAAAUAUACAAUAUUUAAGUACUAAAAACAAUUAUUUGUUUUAUCGAAUUCGAAACCUACUCGAAUUAAUAUUCAAAGUCAUUCAAAUGAAUAUCGUUAUAAAUAGUUAAGGUUACUCACAAGCGUUACAGGUUACGUAAUAUAACGUGUAAUAAACCGUUACUAAAGAUUUCGAUUCUCUGACAGGAAUAUUUAUAAACAUUCAUUAAGGUGUAAAGCUCAUUUUUGUUCAAAGUAAAUUUAACUUUAAGUAGGUCUACUUUACUUUGAAGAUAAUUUUAAAUCUUAAUCUAUGUUUAUGAAUAUGGCCUUAAGGGCGAUAACUUGCGCGCUGCGAAUGUUACAUUACAGUCCGUAACGCUGGUCAGUACCCACCUUUAUUGUUUAGACUGAAAGUGAAACCUAUAUACGAGUAUGUGGAUAUCCUAUCUAAUCUUUCUAUUACCUAUAUUAUGUACAUUGUAUAUCACUUUUACAAAGUAUUAAAAACGUAGAAACAGAAAACACCUCACUCAAAGUCACGGGUGUUGAGUUAAAUCAAACAUUAUUUGCUUAGUUACUUGGUUUCUAGCAAUAUCCAAAAAUCUUCAAAAUUCAAAAUAUCAAAUAUUGGUACUUUUAAAAAAAAAAUUAAUCAUUACCUUUACAGUCCGAGAGUGAUGGUUAAUUAUGUUAUGAUAUGUAUAAUUUAUUUUGACUCAACAAAAGUUGCUUGGGUAGUGUGUGUUUUGCCAUUAUUUUAUAACCAUGACAUAAAAUAUUGAUUGUUUUAAUGGAUCUGUGUAUAGUCAAUCUAUUCCGGGUAGUCCGUUCGGUUUUAGAUAUAGUGGUAAUAUGACAAACCAAGCGCGUUAGUGUGCAUAAACUGAAGGUUAAGUUUUACACACCAACAUGCUGUCUAUCUAUUGUCUACUGUCCAGCGGCGAAGAGUCCAUACAGGAAUUUGUAUCAAGCGGUAUACCUUCGUCAAAAUUCCAUCCUUCGACACUGCUACUGUCAUACAAAUGUUUGUACCAUUAUGGCAACAAACUUUUCUGACCCGGUGGCCAAAAGUAGAACUAACGUCGCGACCAGAAGAUUAUACUAAAACUCAAACCGAUUACCUUCUACAGGACCUGCCUCGCUAGAGAGGUCCCUCUCCCUCCCUCUAUCAAAAAUAUAUGAUCAUGAUCAAACGUAUUCAUACAAACUGAAUAUAUAGAAUCGAUGAUUCAUUGUAUUAAAAUUACACGUGUGUGUCUUACGAUUUGAUAUUUAUAGUUGUGUGUAGUGCAGGGUGAUACAAGUCCAAUAGAUAAUUGGUCUGAGUACUGAAAGCGCGACAACAGCGACAUCUUCACCGGGUCAGAUAAGUUUAUGAAACUAUAUCAAAAGACAGAGUUUUAAAAGUAGACUAACUACACCAGUUCCUAAUUUUUUUUUUUUUUUUUUAAUUUUCCAUUGUAAUUUGUGUUGUUGUUCAGGUUUUGCGUUUUAGAUUGCGUGCUAUGUUGUCGUGGCAGGUUUCUAAUGGAAAUAAGCUGUCCAAAAAGUAUCAAACGUAAAAUGUUCACAUUGUUCUUUUUGUUAUGGUACGAGUAAUUAAAAGAAAUAUAAUGAAAUAAAUCGCAACGCAAUUUUGAACGCAACUGGACGUUUGGAAUAGGGAUGAUGACAGUUUUUUAAAUUGUAUAUAAAUUAAAAGUAUACUAAUAGUAAAACAAUUUUGUAAAGGGAACAGGGUAUCUGCGAUCAUUACUUUCGAAGCUACAGGGAUUUAAAGAGUCAGAUUUGCGGCGCUGCCGCGGAUCCCUGAAAAACGCCCCAUACAAAAUGGCUUGAAAUAAUGACGUCAUAGGCAAUGUAGUGAUCGUUAGAUUUGUAUGCGCGUUCAAACAAAAUUACUAAUAUCUUUGUUAUUUGUGCGUUUAUGCUUAUAGUUCAUAUAUUAAAAAAUGUCACAUUUAAUGUAAGGAAGCUAAAACUGUAUGAAUUUUCAUCUAAUUACGAUAAAAUAUUUUUAAUAGAUUUUGAAAUUUUAUAAUCUCAUUUAUUUUGCAAAUAUCCAAACAAUCUUUGCUUUUUAUGUAUAAAUUAGUUAACAUUGACCCUAUUUACCCGAAUGUAUCAUAAAAAUCAAUAUAUUCAAACCUAGUCAUCAUCCCCAUUCUCUUUAAUAUUUACACUGUAAUAUAUGUUUGAAGAACUAUUUGUGGUGCGUGUAAUAUGUGUUUUUAAUCAUGAAAUUGUAACUACAUUUAUAUGAAAACUAUUGUAAGUAGUUUAUGGUAACUCCAUUCUUAUUUGAAUAACAGGUGACAAUGUUUUUUUCUUACAAAUAUUGCAUAAUAGAUCAAUUUGGCAUUUCGAAUUUCAAAAUAUCUAGAAUUGACUUCAAUAAUUUGAUUUGUUAUUUAAUUGUGAACUUAUGAGCAUUAUGAUUAUUAUAUAAUGUGAACUUUGCCAAAUUUAUAACUGCCAAUUAUUUCGAAAUUUUAUAAAUAUCUUUGUAUAUCUAAUGUAAAUUCAUCGUCACCAUUACUUUGUAUACAAAAUUACACUAAUUGAAGUUAUAUUUUGGUGUUGAAUUGAAAUACACGUUGUUUACAAAA